AUGUUAGCAGAAAGAAGAGCCAGAGAAGAGCGUGAGAGAGCAGAGGCAGAAGUGGAGGAGAGAUUAAAGGCUGAAUAUGGAGCAGCAUUGAGUCCAUUACAGACUAGGCAAGUUAAGCCGUAUGUCAAACUUCACUCCACAACACCUGCUUACAGUCAGCAUCCCGCCAUGUUGGUCUGCAGCGUCUAUGACUUCUAUCCCAGUAAGAUCAAAGUGAGCUGGCUGAGAGAUGGACAGGAAGUCACCUCUGAUGUCACUUCCACUGAGGAGAUGGCAGAUGGUGAUUGGUACUACCAGACCCACUCACACCUGGAGUACACACCCAGGUCUGGGGAGAAGAUCUCCUGUAAGGUGGAGCACGCCAGCCUGGAGAAACCUCUGAUCACUGACUGGGAUCCCUCCUCAGAAUUGUCCAUGCCUGAGUCAGAGAGGAACAAGCUCGCCAUCGGAGCUUCAGGACUGAUCCUGGGUCUGAUCUUAUCUCUGGCUGGAUUCAUCUACUACAAGAGGAAGGCCCGAGGUCAGAGCAGGACUCUCACUCACAGACCAGUUCAUACCUGAAACCAGUUUAAAACC